AUGUCGAUGCAAACGUUCUCCGUAGCACAAGUCGAGGUUUGUAAAAAGCAACAUGUGCAAACCGAUGAAUUAACGCAAGAAGACUUGAAUCGAUGGGCGGGAAAAGGAUGCCAAUUAUCGCUUGAGAAUUAUCAAACAAAUCACCCAUUAUCGGCUGAUUUGAAUGGAAAAAAUCAUCGCGUUGGAAAUGCUUUUGUUGCUACUGUAUUCAAAGCAUAUUGCGAACACUAUGCACUCGAACUUAGCGUUGAAGAUAUUUGGGUCGCGAUUGUACAAGGAAUUAGCAUUCAUUUGAAUGAAAAUUCCGAAAAAUAUCGAGAAUUAAUGGUCGCCCAUGAAGGUAAAAAGACGUUAAUAGUUCCAGUUGACUUGCUUUGCAUACCCGAUUCUGCUCGGCCGAAAAAUGGAAAUAAAUCUGUGCCUGCUAUCGAUUGGGCUGCUGCAGUUGGAUUCAUGGGACAAGAAAUCCGAAAGGAUAUGAAAGCUGAUUUGACAACAAUCAUCACCACACCUUUUUCAACUACAACAUCAGUAGAACAAGCUGUUUUCGAUUGUACUUUGAUGGAUAGUGUGAAAAAUUAUUAUGACUAUCGAUUUACUCUGUGUUGUGGAAUUCCACAGGUGACAAUUCGUGGUUCACCAGCUGAUUUUCAACAAGUUAUCGAUCGGGUUAAUGAACUUCGAGCCAUCUUUACCGAUUUUCAUUGGUGGUUAGAUCCACUUAUACCACAUCUAAAAGAAUUCAAAUCUAGUGCUGAAGGUAAACCAAAUGUUGACUGGUGGCAAAAGAUUUGCCAUAGAGCCGGAGGUGGAUCUGAUAUUAGUAUGCUAGCUGGAUGGUUAGCUGACUUUAUUCCGUAUGCAUCGGAUGGGAAAGGACAUUAUCGUAAAGCUCGUCGUGAUCAUCAUCAUUACACACAAGGUUUGAUCAAUGGUAUUGAAUUUCAAGAUUUUGAUGAAAGUGUUACUCAAACCGACUUUGUUCUGGAUGAUAAUGGUCAUGAAACUAAAAUGAAGAUCAUUGCUGGAUUUCUUGGCGUUGGUCAAAAUCCACAAACCGGUGCACUUCGGCCAUGUCUUGGAUGGUGCACAGCACUAAUCGUCUAA